AUGUUGAGCCUCCUCUCCUCUGCGCGUCUCCCCACCGUCCACUCUCUGGUCAGAAAUCCAAGCUCAGUACGCUGGGCUUCCAAUGCUCCAAAGAGGUUAAAAAGGUGGUUAGCCCUCGAAUUUGCCAGCUACCCGCUCCGCAUACGAAAACUCCUGCUCAAGCUCUAUCCUUACGUCGAGUCCGGCCAGCACGGCAUAGCCCUGCAGCAGUUCCAGCUCACUGUCUCCAAAGGCGCGUUCGACAACCCUUCCCGCUUCCUCGCUUACGAGGGUGCCGUGUCGCUCUUCCUCCGCCACGGCCAUGUCAUCCCUGCCGCCAUGAUGUACUCCCGCAUGAUCACGGACGGCUUCAUCCCCUCCGUGUCGCUCCGCACGCAGAUGUUCAUCAUCGCCGCCGCCCAGGAGUCCCCGAGCGAGGACGAGCUGCUCGACGCGCUGGGUAAGCUCUUCUCCCACAAAUCGUUCAACGAGCGUACCCUGCGCCACGUGCUCCAUCUACUGGUAGGGACGAUGAAUUGCACCCCUGAGUUCAUCGAUAGCGUCGUAGCGACGUUCGUCCGCACUCGGACAGAUCUUGGGUACAUCCUGGCGAAGGAGACGAGAUCAUUUCUCGUGCACAUACAUGCUCGUGCGGGCUCCGCCGCAUCGGCGCGCCGUUGGGCUAGCGGAGACUUCGUAGGUCAACCUGAAAAAGUCGCAGACUCUCUACAGGCCGAAAGCGAUAUUGGCAGACCAAAAAAAGACAGCCCGGCCCCGUACACCAGCCUAAUCAGGCAUCUAGCACCGGCGGAAGUCACUGGCGCCACCUCCAAAUGGACCGUCGCUCACAUGGCAGAUGAUGCAGUCGAGCCAGAUCUGGCAUUCUGCAACGCGAUCAUUGCGACUGAGGUGUCGCAGCAUUACGUCGACCAGGCGUUCCAGAUCUACCAGGUCCUGCUGGACGACGACACCGGCGAGUUCCUCCCGGACGCCUACACCUUCAGCAGCCUCUUCCGCGCAAUGUGCAUCAAGAAGCAGCGGCGCAGUGUGCGGACACGGCGGUCGCCCCCCUCGGUAGCCGUGCGCACCCCCCGUGCGCUCUACCGCGAGAUGUUGCAGUGUCACGCGCGGCAGGCGCAGAGCGUGGUCCCGCGGCGGUCGCCGGUGAUCACAUCCGACGUCCUGCACCGCGCGCUGCGCACGUUCCUGCUCGCCCAGGACUACGCUGCCGUGUUCGUCGUCCUGCGCACCUUCCGCAUGUGCAAACUGUUACCGACACUCCGCACGUUUCGCAUCGUCCUCGCACACCUGGUGCACCGUGUGCGUAGCGAGCUCCCGGCGGCUGCGCGCAUGGAGUAUCCCGAGGAGCUGUGGGCUUUCCGCUUUCUCGGCUAUCCUCCUGUGGGCGUGAUCCAGGGCCUUCCGGUCACGGAGACUGUACUUCAAGUCGGCGCAGUGCCCCGGCUUAGCCUGAAAUUCAUUCCCCCUGCCUCGGAAGACUCCACCCAGGCACGAGAAGAGAAGCUGAUUCGGAGCAUCUCCCCUUCCUCGCAAGACUCCACCCAGGCGGCGGAUAGGAAGCUGACGUCUUCUUCGGCGUUACCCGCUCGGCCUCAGUCGAUCACAUCUUCUUCGGGUACCCCCGACCAACAGCAUGUUGUGCCCUCUGUGCUGGACAUUGUCGGAGAGACAGCCCCUCCACAGGCGAUAUGGGACGCCACCCCUCUCGAGCGGAUUUUGCGCCGUGCAAUCCUUGCUCAAACGCGGUACACAAUGACAACGACGCCGGCGCGCAUCGUUUCGGGCGCGAUUGCGGAUGCGAAGGCUGCGAUGCUACCUAACGAAUGGACGAAACGGCGUGAGCGACGUAAACCCGGAUGA